AUGCUGCUAUGCUGCUGGCGGCUGCUCUCAGCAGCAGCACUGCUGCUGUGCUGCGCUGCAGCAGCAGCAGUGGCUGCUGCUGCCCAUAAGGACCCAGCAGCAGCAGCAAAAAUUGCAGCAGUUGCUGCAGUUGCAAGAGCAGAUGAAGGGCGCGCCCCCUUUAGCCCCAAAUUUGCUGCUAAUCAGCCCCUCGACGCAGCAGAUGAGCCGCCAGCAGCAGCAGCAACAGUUCCUGCUGCUGCUGCUGCCGCUGCUCGGAAGCAAACUGGGGCAGGAGGGCCCGCCCGCGCACCAAAGGCUGCUUCCACUUCAGCAGCAAAACCAGCAGCAGCAGCAGCAGCAGCAAAAAAUAUGAAGGAAGCAGCUGGCAGUGUCCCUGUAUAUUAUCCAGCUGUAGAUACACCAGAGGAUGGUGUAUCUGGCGCAGCAGCAGCAGCAGCAGCAGAAGCAGCCGCAGCAGCAGCACCUGCUUUUGAGGCUGCUGAUGUUGCUGCAGCAGCAGCUGCUGCUGCUCCUCCAAGCGAGAAUGAGAUUUUGCUGGAU